AUGGGUGUCCCACACUACUUAAUUGUUGGUGGCGGUUUAUCCGGUCUAAUUACCUCCUAUUUUAUCUCUUUAACUCGACCAAUUGGCAGUUAUCGUCUUACAGUCUUAGAAAGCAGUAACAGGUGGGGCGGUUGGAUCAAGUCAAUUAAGCAUCCUGAUACUGGGUCGAUUUAUGAAGCAGGUCCGCAUAGUGCUCGUGUUCAAUCUCCUGCAGGACAUCUUUUGUUAAGAACAGUAUUGAGUUUAAAUCUUGAACAGUCAAUUCUAUGGAUGAAUCGAGGUACAGAUGCAGCGAAUAGAUACAUCUUCAUAAAUGGUCAACUUAUCCCCUUGUCUGCUUUAACCUUUUCAGCUGUGAAACCAUUUACUCGAUCUAAUUUUAGUUUAUUUGUUAGUCGACUGUUUUCUCGACGUCCACCAUCACAGUCAGAUUGGACUGUUGAUGAAUUUCUUCGUACUCGUUUAGAUUCAGAAUUUGCUGACUACGUUGGAAGUGCCUUGAUUCGUGGUAUCUUUGCUGGUGAUUCACGGAAAUUGAGUGCCCGUGCUUGUUUACCAGUGUUGGUAAAAUCAGAAGAAUACGGGCCGAAUCUUGUCCUUGGUCUUAUACGUUCACAAUUUAAACGAUUUUCGAAAAGUAGUAGUAGUAGUGGUAUUGUUAUUCCAAGUAUACUUAAUGAGAAAUUACCAAAUCUCAAUAACAAUCACGUUUCGUCUAAUUCAAUAGCAUGGAGUUUAUCUGGUGGAAUGCAGACUCUAAUCGACACUAUGGUUGAUAAUUUAAAUAAGCACUAUCCGCAUAUUCAGCUUUAUUUAAACUCUGCUGUUGAAAGCCUCAGUCUGACAAAUGAUUCUUAUGAAUACAGAUGGCGAAAUGUCCUUUGUAAUAAUAAUAAUAAUGACAAUAAGAAGAUAGGCAGAGCUGAUGCCGUUUUCCUUUGUUGUCCCUCUUUUGUUACAGCAGAGAUUCUAGAAGAUUUGCUAACUUCUGAUGCCUUGAAGUCCCUAAAGCUGGAUCAUCUUCCAUGGGAAGAUGUUGUCAGUACUGUCCUGGAAGUGGAGAAGUCUUCUGUUGUCUCUCCAGUACGCGGAUUUGGACACUUGGUACCACGUACUGAAGAUGAGCAUAUUUUAGGUGUAAUUUACGAUUCAGUUGCUUUUCCACAAUUGGAUAGUAAUGACGGUGAGAGUUUACGAUAUACAAUAAUGAUGAAACCUUAUUCUGAUUGGCUUGAACCAUGCCAAGCAGAUUUCAGUUCUACAGAGGAUUUACACAGGAAAAUUGAAGAGACUUCAAAAAGUGUGCUUACAAGUCAUCUUAAUAUAAACGAUCCAGUCAUUGUUGGUCGGCAUGUAAGUGUUCUACGCAAUUGUAUACCUCAGUAUCCUGUGAAUCAUUUGGACAAUAUAACUGCCUUACGUGCUGAGAUUAAACAGACUGUGAGUAGAAAUAGCUCUCUCCGAAAAGGUGUAUACCUUGUUGGUAAUUCCUACGAUGGUGUUGGUUUGUCUGAUACUGUGUUCAGUGCUGCAAAUGCAGUCGCAGAAGAGCUUACUUGCUCCGCAUAA